UCUCGGGCCUGAACCGGAACAGGUUGCCAGCUUCCGUCGAUAGCCUGCCCUGGAGGCCGACUAGCCGAGUUCUGAGACUCGAAAAACACUUCCCUAAACGCAGCUAGCCAUGGCCGCUCCGCCGUCAGCCGCCGACACCGCCGCCCCGCCGCCGCCUCCUCCUCCUGCCGCGGAUCCCGCCGAGAAGGUCUCCCUUGCUCCUUCUGAUAUGGCUACUCCGGCUGCAGCCGCCGACACCGCCGUCCCGCCGCCUGCUCCAGCCCCUGCGACCGCAUCAGCCGACACCGCUGCUCCGCCACCUCCCCCUCCAGCAACUGACCACAUGGCCGCUCCUACGGCACCCGCCGAUACCACCGCCCGGCCACCACCUCCUCUUCCUCCAGCCCCGGAGUUCGCGGCGAAGGUCUCCUAUCAUCUCCCUCAUUUUCCUCCUCACCACGAUGCGCCGGCGCCGAAGAAGCGGAAGUUGGAGGAGGCGGGGUUCCACGCCUCCCCCUACUACAAGAUCCGGGCCACCGUUGCCGACCUCCGCCUCCGCUUCAUCCAGGUCCACGAAGCUACUGAUUUCCGGAAGAGUGAUGCUGCUCGUGAGAUUCUGAGAGAGAUAAAGACAGUCAUGGAACUCUCCAAGAAAAUGAGGCUUGAUCUGAGUGCCUCUUGUGAACCUGUGAAACCUUUAGAGAAGCCUUUAGCUGGAGCUGUGAAGGAUGGGCCCACGGAGCCAAUUCCAUCUGUAGAAAGAAAUCAAGUUCCUCAGACAGCAAGUGCAGCGGAGAAAAUAACAGAGGAAAUCCAAUGCAGUGAGAUGGCAAAUCACCCAAAGCACCUCGGCAAAACUGUGCAAGGGUCUUAUGUGGUUGGUGGAUCUCCUAUUGGUUGGAAUUUUCUUGUAUGGCCUGGUGGCAAAAUAAUUUAUUAUGGGUUGACCAAGGAGGUGUUUCGGACUCGCCAAGCUGCAGGUUAAAAUGUUGUUGUUCAACAUUCAAAAAUUCUGAUUUGUACCGUACUCUCAAACUGAUGUAGAGGAUUUGAUUCUAAAAAUAGUCACUAUGUAAUCUGAUUCUCCGCGUCAUUCUGAUGUGGUAUGAACUUUUAUCUAUAUAAAAAAUUAGUGAUUUAAAAGAAGAAGAAAAUUUGAAGA